GGUUUCAGUUGUAUACAUGUUGUUAAAUGGUAUUUAAUUAUUUAUUCACAGUCGAACCCGUUGAUGAGCUUUAAUUUAAUUUUUACAAUUAAAGUUUAAUAAACACAUCGCACUCAUACUUAUUUCAUUAUUCGAGGAACACAAAGCCCACUAAACGGAAAGAAAAAGACAAAGGGAAUAAUCAAGUUCUGACAAGACAAGGUCAUCAAUUUGGUUAUUGUUAUUAGUAGAUAGACAGCGAAGUGUUAUUAGUAUUGAUAAUAUUAAUUAGCAUUUUUAACGAUAAUUAAAUAAUUAAAAGUUGAUUUACUUGAAAUGCAGGAAAGUAAAAAAUUGAAUGUAAACAACUUCCGAUCAGUGAAGAAGCACUACAGUAGUGAUCAUUCAGCACGCACACGUGUAAGAAGAAAAUUCCAGAAUGUUGUGUUUUCCAAAUGCCAAGCGCAAGUUGGCUUUGAGUAAGUGUUUUACAACUUUACAAAGACGCGUUAAUGGAGAUGAGAAGAAAGAAAACUUCGUGUCGGUAUUCCCUGAAGUUCUCGAUACCCUAACCAAUUCCGCUUUGUAUUCGAAUGUACCCAAAUUUUCAAAUCAUUUUGCCGAAGUGAUGGAGUUCAACGUGCUGAAGGAAAAAAGGUUCAGACCGAGCAUCAUACUGGAUACCUACACGACGCUGGAGGCGUCUGAGAAUUUAACCGAAGAAAACUUGCAUUUGGCGAAGAUUUUGGCAUGGUGCGUAGAACUGUUACACACAUCCAUUAUAAUCAACGACGACUUGAUGGACAGCUCACAAACGCGCGCUAACGAGAUAACAUGGUACAGAAAAAAAGAGGUUGGACUGAACGCCGUAAACGACGCAACCUUGGUUUUGGAGGGGGCAUUUAUACUUUUGAAGAAAUAUUUUUCAAAUCGCAAAGCUUAUUUGCCACUGUCGGACCUAUUUCGGUACAUAAACAUGAUGGCAGCGGUGGGGCAAUCGCUGGACUGGAAGAGCAACAUUAACGGGGACGCAAUCUUUGCACCGUUCACUAUGGACAAAUACAAGACUACGAUUCGUUACAAGGGCAGUAUACCCUUCGUGGAAGGACCGUUUCGAGCUGCUUUAAUACUGUCUGGUAAUGGAAGCGAGAGUACGCUACGCGAAGUUCGUGACGUGAAUGAUGUUUUGGACAUAUUCGAAAAUGGAAACGUUAGGAAACAGAUUGGCAACGAUAUUAGUGAAGGCAAAUGCACGUGGUUAGCGGUUCAAGUGUUGCAAAAUGGAAAUGAGGAGCAGCGACGGAUAUUUAAAAACAAUUAUGGGCGAAUUGGUGAUGAAUUUGAAGAAAAGAUUGUUGCUGUUUACAGACAGAUGCAUUUAUUCGAGAGGUACCUCGCUUACAGGGAUGAAACGUUAGCUUAUAUUAAUGAACGCACAAGGAAAAUGACACCUUCACUAAGGAACGCCAGCAUAAGCCUUGUAGAGAAUAUAUUUCCAUUGUGAUAAUAACCAUAUCAUCCUAAUCAUACAUAUAACAGCUAUAUUGAAUAAUUAGAGAAUAUAAAACGUAUAUAUGCGUAAUCGAGUUUUGUAUUAUUUUGUUGUUGCCUUGAAUAGGAGUUGAUCGUUACAGUUGGAUAAUUAAACAUUUUACA